CGCGCGGCAGUCGCUGCUCGAUCUUCACGCCAUCUCGCAGCUUUCCACACUCCCUCUCAUUCUCUCUCGGGAUCCACUGGUCGGCCUCGGGGUUUGCAAGAUGUCCGCGGUUCAGGCGAUGAAAAGAACCGCCUUGACGGUGUGGCAGGCCUUCGUGGCAGCGGUCGGGCGGAUGGACAAGUCGUUGUCACCGAGCGACACGAUUGAGCGGCUCAAGCGACAUAAAUUUACCCUCGGAGACACCGUCUACGUCUUCCACUUCGUCCUCGCCGCGUUCUGGUUCUCCAUCAUGCAAUUCCCUCCCGCACCAUGGAAAUGGUUCAUACCCCUACUCUACGGCAUCGCCCUAAUCAUACCCUUCACCUGCCAGUUCUUCCUCCGCGCGAUCCCUAUAUUCGCGUGGAUUCUCACCUUCUACUCCUCGCGCUUCAUCCCCGAGGCCUGGCGCCCCUCCAUCUCCGUGUCGACACUCCCGACACUCGAGUCCGUGCUCUACGGCGCGAACAUCUCUGACAUCCUCACGCGCUUCACGCACCCGCUGCUCGACAUUAUUGCGUGGCUGCCGUACGGCGUCGUUCACUUCACCUUCCCCUUCGUCGUCGCCGCCUUCGCCUGGCUCUUCCGCGGCAAGGAGGUCCUGCACCUCUGGGCGCGCAUGUUCGGCUACAUGAACCUCAUCGGUGUCAUGAUCCAGAUUGUCUUCCCCUGCGCCGCACCGUGGUACGAACUCAUAUACGGCCUCACGCCCGCCAACUACAGCAUGAAGGGCUCACCCGGCGGCCUCGCGCGCAUCGACGCCCUCUUCCACUCGCAGGGCUACACGACCACGUUCUCCAACGCGCCCGUCGUCUUCGGCGCCUUCCCCUCCCUUCAUGCGGGCAGCGCGACCAUGGAGGCGCUCUUCAUGUCGCACUUCUUCCCGCAGACCACGCGGUACAUCUUCGCGUACGCCGCCGUGCUUUACUGGGCGACCAUGUACCUCACGCACCACUACCUCAUCGACGUCGUGGGCGGCGCGUGCCUCGCCACCGUCUGCUUCUACCUCUUCCUGCCCGACGAGCUGUACGGCGCCGCUGCGACCGCGCCGCCGCAGGGCGUGGGCUCCCGUCGCGCCGCGCGCAACAAGUACGAGGCGUACGACCUCGAGGCGCCGCGUGCGCGCUCGCGCGGCAUCGUCGCGGACGCGGCGGACUUCGACUUGAGCGAGUCGAGCACGCUGUCGGACGAGGAGGAGCACGACAUCACGUAUCGCUCGCCGAAUCCGGCGAAGACGCCGACCUCGGGCACGCCGUUCAUGUUCCCGGGCAGCAACAGUGCCACCAGUCGCUCGCCGUCGCGGCAGGAGAACAAGAAGGCGGGGGGCGGGAAGAGCCAUAGGCAUACCGCGAGCAUUGCGAGUUUGAUUCGGGGCGAGGACCGCGCGGAGGAGGGCUGGAGUCCGAUUCGGGCGUCGUUUCCGGUGAAGGAUGGGAGUGCGGCUUAGGGGAGGAUGUGGUUGGUGCGGGUUAGUCUACAUAGACUGCUAAUAAUGUGUGUACACGUCUGUAUCCUAUUGGUUGCACCCGGUGUGCUCAAUCUCUUAUAGCUUUGUCAUUGUCAGUGUCUAUGGCCUCAGGACUUAUAGAGCAAAUGACCUUGAUUCUUAGCGGGACGACCUUGGAAAGAAGUAGCGCAUCGCUCGCCGUAC